UGCACGAGACGCGCCCGUGUCUCACGAUGUCACACGACGCCGCCCCCGCCUUUCCUGCGCGACUCGGCCGUUUCUUUCCGUCGCCUCGACACCAUCUUCGACAUCAUCUUCGACACCAUCUCGCCAUCAAGUCCUCCGAUCCGCCUGUCCAGCACCCGUCUCGCCAGCGCGCUGUCUGUCGAGCGCUCCCCAAGGCUGGUCCUGUCCUCCGUCUUCCGCAUCCACCGGGGACCAAAGCCCAAUGCCCCGUCUGCUGCUGGUCCUGGCAAUCGCCUUGCUCGCCGCCCUUCAGGCCUGGGCGGCCCCACAAGCCCCCGUGGGCGCUGAGCAAUCCGUUUCUGUACCGCCCAGCCAGCCGUCUGCUCCAGCACCCGCAACUACAGGCUCGUCUCCAACACCUCUCGUCGGCUCUCUUCCGUAUUCGCACACGGUGCUUGUUCUCGGUGGCCUCGGCACCGGCAGCGUCCUGUUGGUGUUGUCGCUGACCUGCGGCUGCGUCUCAAACAACAAAAAGCCCGCUCAGUCGGCCGAGACCACCAAAGCCUCCGCUGUUGAGCAGCCCCAGUCAACGAUCGUCCAUCUCGAUGGCUUCAAGGAUGCCGAUCUCGCAAAGCUUCCGCCAGAAGAGCUCUCGAUCGAAGCCAUGUCUCGUCGCUCGCGUGUCAUAUCCACCCGCCGAGCCUCGCAGGAAACCCUGUCGAUGAUGCCGCCCACCCCGACGCUCUCGGUUCGUGCCGAGCAGCUCCCGAUUCCGGAAGAAAUCACCAUGAACUCGUUCGUUGUCAGCUUUCCGACGAUUGCGUGGCGAUUCAGGAAGAACAGCACCGGCGAGUGGAUGGCGACCCUCAUGGACUUGACCACCAAGCCCGGUGCCUCCUCUCCCGAAACCGUCAUCGUCUCCACCAUCGAGGGCGCUGCCUCUGCCUCCGAGUCGCCCAUCUUCUCCCUCAACGACUCGGCCCUUGACAACAUUUGCUCGCUCAACCAGAGCUUCCUGCGCUACGGUGCGCAUCCGCCCAUCAGCCAGCUUCCUCUCGACCUGCACCACAACCCAGCCCUGAUUGACUUUGCCCUGAGUCUCGAGCGAAUCCUGUCGCUGCUGCCGGAGCUGAUGACCACUCCCUCGGACGAUCCCAAGCAUGCCGGGUGCUACCAGCAUCUCCGCGAGCAGCUGAAAGACCUGGGCGCUACCACCGAGGCCCUGAUCCAGUCUGUCGCCAAAGAUACGUUGGUCAUUGGGAUGCGCGUCAAGAUCGGAUAUGCUCCUCGAGCCUUCAACGAGAUCGAGCUCAAGAAAGGCGAUCGGGUCGUCAUCUUUUGCAACCUCGGAAGCGAGGCUGUCUUUGGCUUCAACCAUACGACCAAGCAACUGGGCUUUUUCCCGUCCCAGCACGUCGAACGACGUCCACGCAGCCGUCGAAUGUCCCUUGCGGCCUCACCGCCUUUCAGUCAUCUCCCUCCCCCCAACGAGCUCAAUAUGCAGUACGAAUCUAUGACGGCACGCGCUGGUGCGCCGCCUCCGUUCCGAUCGCCCGCGAUCCAUCCCGCGCUGCAGAACUCGGGCAAGCCGCCCUACCGAUAUCUCCUACAAGAGCCGCCGUCGGUCCUCAGUAGCCCGAUCCUCAGCUCUCUGAAUGCUCUCCCGAGGGAUCGCAGCAUCCUUUACCCGAUUGCGGAACAAGCCUCUCCCAUUAGCUCGCCGGUGUCAAUCCAUCGUGCCAAGACUAGCCAUGGUCGGUCCGAGACCCAGAGGGCCCCUGCCUCGCCGGUCUCUCUUGCGCGCUCGCGCUCAGAUCCAUUCGGACGAGGCCGAGUCAAUGGCCUUGACAUGAUCCCGCAGCGCUCCUACUCGCCGUCAGGCCCGCCCCAAAGUCCCCUGCCGGAGCUGCCCUCCUCCUUUGAAGACAAUCCUGUCCUGUCCCAGUCGGCAGCUGCCCCGCUGCCGCUGAUCCAAACUCGCAUGCGGCAGCCGCUUCCCCGAGAUGGUCCCAGCAGCGAGCCCAAUUCAGUCACGCCGUCCAUUGUCAGCCCGAGACAGGAUGGAUAUGCUAGUCGGCGCCAGAUGAAGCUUGCCCCGCCUCCCCCGGAUAUCAACCUCAAGCCCCCCGCAAGUGCCGGCUCGACCCCGGUGCUCAAGGGUGACACACCGGUGUCGGCCAUGUCGGGUCCGUCUCUCCCCUUUUCGGUCUCGACCCCUGCGGCUGCCCAUGCUGCACCAGCGCCUGGCCACCACGCGUCUCCUCCCAAAGCCCCGCUGCCGGAGCUGCCUGACGAGCCCACCAUUAUGGAUAUUCUGGAUUCCCCAUUAGUAUCGCCUCAGAUCGAGGCGCUGACGGCUGAGUAUAUGGCCCUCAGCGACCACGAGAGCGAAGAGACUGGCAAUACGCCGACUCGAGAUGCAGACGCCGAGGUCCGAUAG